AUGUCUACCGACGCCGACGUCCUCGCCCUGCCGCAGCAGCUGCCAGAAGUGGAGCACUGGCGCGACGAGCCCGUCUCCCUGCUGCCGGCCGCGCUAUACACCCUCACCCCCCUCGUGGACAGCACGGAGCUCAUCCGGCUACAAGACAUGUGCGAGUCCAAGUGCGACACAUACAGCCGCGGCGAGUGUAUACGGCCGCCGCCCGACGGCCGCUGGAAUUUUUCCGGCCAGAAGCUGGACGCCGUCGUCCGGCAUCACGUCGAGCUGGCCAAGGGCUACCAAUUCAACCCGCUGCACUUUUUCGUGGCGGUGCCAGGUGCCGGCCCGGCGGCUGAGGGCGCCGUGUUGUUUGUCACGCUCGACGCAGAUGACGAGGCCGAGGGGUGUGUGCCUGACGCUUUCUGGGUGAAGGCGGAGGAUGCCGGGUUCUGCUUCAUGAACAUGGUCAUUGGGAACUCGGAUUGGUACGAGCUGAAGGGGAAGCACGCUUUGAAGGAUUAG